AGAGGAGGAGGAAGAGGAGGAGGAAAGGAGGCGAGCCAGGCAUCAAGCGGGGCCAGGAGGAGGGGGAAAAGGCGGCGAAGGGUUUGCAAACGCCCUCCAGCUGGAGCCCAGCCUCCCAGCCCCGAGAGAGAGAAAGAGAGAGAGAGAGAGCCUUCCUUAAGCCGGGAAGAUCGCCUUGGCAUUCUUCUCUUCCUCUUCUCUCUCUCCCCCUUUCUCUUCUCUUCUUCCCGCCCUCCUCCUUUUCUCCCCCUCCGUUCGCUGGUUGGUUUCGCUUCAGUCUCUGCUCGGGAGAAAGGAGGAGGAGGAGGAGGAGGAGGGGAAAAAUACACACACACACACACACACACACACCGAAGAAAGAAAAGAAAAUGGUGCAUGAUCUCCAAGGGCGCAGAGGUGGUGCUGGGCUGCCUUUCCGGACGGGAAAGUUGUUGAUGCUUCCAAAGGAAGCGUCCAGCGAUCGCGGUUAAGACGACCCAACAGGACCCCGAAAUAUCAAGGCCUUUUUUUGGGGGGGGGGGGAGAGGAUUGGGGUACCAUCCUUUGGAGGAACCAGACUCUUAGAAACCUCUCUUGACUCCCAAACGGAGGAAAGCUGAAGCUGGAGUGGAUGCGAGGUUGAUUUUUACGCACACACCUUUCCCCCCAAGUUUCCUCCUCUGGUUUUGUCUCCUUUUGUAUCCCCCCCCCCCCGUUUCCCAGUUUGGGGGUCAGAAAAAGAAUCGGGAUCCCUCUUCUUUUGUUUCCUGAAGUCCUCCUCCUCCUCCUCCCAGGCUUUGUGGGGAAAGAGAUUUUGGGGAGCCACCAUGGCGUCGCUUUUCUCCAACGGACCCUGCCUCCAAAGCGAAGCCGAGGUGGUCCAUCUCUACCGGAGCCUGGAAGUGGGCACCGUCAUGACGCUCUUCUACUCCAAGAAGUCCCAAAGGCCCGAGAGGAAGACCUUCCAGGUGAAGCUGGAGACCCGGCAGGUCAUCUGGAGCAGGGGCUCGGAGAAAAUCGAAGGCGCAAUUGAUAUUCGUGAAAUCCAGGAGAUUCGUCUAGGAAGAAACUCCAGAGAUUUUGACCGCUAUCAGGAAGAUCCUUCUUUCCGUCCAGAUCAGUCUCACUGUUUUGUCAUCCUUUAUGGCAUGGAAUUCAGACUGAAAACACUGAGUCUUCAAGCCACAUCCGAAGAUGAAGUCAGCAUGUGGAUCAAAGGGCUCAACUGGCUUGUAGCGGAUACCCUAAAAGCUGCUACCCCAUUGCAGAUUGAAAGGUGGCUUCGAAAACAGUUUUACUCCAUUGAUCGCAACAGGGAAGACAGGAUUUCAGCAAAGGAUCUGAAAAACAUGCUGUCACAAGUCAACUACCGUGUCCCUAACAUGAGGUUUUUACGUGAAAGGCUAACAGAUGUGGAGCAAAGGAAUGGGGAUAUCACAUAUGGGCAGUUUGCCCAGUUGUACCAGAGCCUCAUGUACGAUGCACAGAAAGGGAUGGCUGUUCCAUUCUUAGAAAGCAAUGGAGAGAGAUCUGAACCUGGCAGAGUAUCUCUGACAGAAUUCCGGACAUUUUUGCUAGAAUAUCAAAUGGAACUCUGGGCUACUAACCUUUCCUUGGUUCAAGAUUUCAUGUUCAACUUCCUGAAGGACCCGCUGAGGGAAAUUGAAGAGCCUUAUUUUUCCCUGGAUGAGUUUCUCACCUACCUGUUUUCCAAAGAGAAUAGUAUCUGGAACUCAGAGCUUAGUGGUGUACGUCCAGAGGAUAUGAACAACCCCCUCUCCCACUACUGGAUUUCCUCUUCUCAUAAUACGUACCUUACUGGAGAUCAGUUCUCAAGUGAGUCCUCAUUGGAAGCUUAUGCUCGUUGCUUGCGCAUGGGAUGCCGCUGUAUUGAGCUUGAUUGCUGGGAUGGACCUGAUGGGAUGCCAGUCAUUUAUCAUGGGCACACAUUAACGACCAAAAUCAAGUUUUCCGAUGUUCUGGCUACCAUCAAGGAACAUGCCUUCGUAACCUCUGACUACCCUGUUAUCCUGUCCAUUGAAGAUCACUGCAGCAUUGCACAGCAGAGGAAUAUGGCUCAAAACUUUAAGAAGGUCUUUGGAGACAUGCUACUAACCAAGCCAGUCGAUAUAUCUGCUGAUGGGUUGCCAUCUCCAAAUCAGCUAAAGAGGAAGAUUCUUAUAAAGCACAAGAAAUUGGCUGAAGGCAGUGCUUACGAGGAAGUGCCAUCAUCUGCUGUGUAUUCAGAGAAUGAUAUCAGCAACUCAAUAAAGAAUGGAAUUCUCUAUCUGGAAGACCCGAUCAAUCAUGACUGGAACCCCCAUUACUUUGUCUUGACCAGCAGCAAAAUUUAUUAUUCUGAGGAGACAACCAAUGAUUUGGGAAAUGAGGAGGAAGAAGAGCAAAAGGAGGUUAAUAACAGUACUGAAUUGCACUCCACUGAGAAAUGGUUCCAUGGCAAACUAGGAGCAGGUCGGGAUGGGCGCCACAUAGCUGAAAGGCUGUUAACGGAGUACUGCAUAGAGACAGGAGCACCUGAUGGCUCUUUCUUGGUGCGAGAGAGUGAAACUUUUGUGGGCGAUUACACACUUUCUUUUUGGCGCAAUGGGAAAGUGCAGCACUGCCGGAUCCAUUCACGACAGGAUGCCGGGAGCCCCAAAUUCUUCCUCACAGAUAACCUGGUGUUCAAUAGCCUCUAUGACCUUAUCACACAUUACCAGCAGGUGCCUCUCAGGUGCAAUGAAUUUGAGAUGAGGCUGACUGAGCCUGUGCCGCAGACCAACGCUCACGAGAGCAAGGAAUGGUAUCAUGCUAAUCUUACCCGGACUUUGGCAGAGCGCAUGCUGAUGCGGGUGCCUCGGGAUGGAGCAUUCCUGGUGCGCAAGAGGAGUGAACAGAACUCCUAUGCAAUUUCCUUUCGGGCAGAAGGGAAGAUCAAACACUGUCGUGUACAACAGGAUGGACAAACAGUCAUGCUGGGCAACUCAGAAUUUGACAGCCUGGUAGAUUUAAUAAGUUACUAUGAGAAGCACCCACUGUACCGCAAGAUGAAGCUUAGGUAUCCCAUUAAUGAAGAAACUUUAGAGAAGAUUGGAACAGCGGAACCAGAUUAUGGUGCGCUCUAUGAAGGACGGAACCCAGGCUUUUAUGUGGAAGCCAAUCCUAUGCCAACCUUCAAGUGUGCUGUCAAAGCCUUAUUUGACUACAAGGCUCAACGAGAGGAUGAGCUCACCUUCACCAAAAAUGCUGUGAUCCAGAAUGUCGAAAAACAGGAGGGAGGCUGGUGGAGAGGAGACUAUGGGGGCAAGAAGCAGCUCUGGUUUCCAUCUAACUACGUAGAAGAAAUAACUAGCCCAACUGGCCUGGAGCCGGAGAGGGAGCAACAGCUAGAUGAAAACAGUCCCCUGGGAGACAUGCUUGGCGGGGUCCUUGAAGUACCAGCCUGCCAGAUUGCAAUCCGUCCUGAAGGAAAAAACAACCGUAUGUUUGUGUUCUCUAUCAGUAUGGCUUCUGGACCACGGUUGUCCCUGGAUGUGGCUGCUAACUCACAUGAGGAGUUGUUAGAUUGGGUAAAGAAGAUCCGAGAGGCAGCCCAAACUGCUGAUGCUAGACUCUCUGAAGGGAAGAUGAUGGAGAGGAGGAAGAAAAUAGCUCUGGAACUUUCUGAACUAGUCAUUUACUGCCGUCCCGUUCCCUUUGAUGAAGAGAAAAUUGGCACAGAUAGGGCUUGUUACAGGGACAUGUCCUCCUUCCCUGAAACCAAAGCAGAAAAAUAUGUCAACAAGAUCAAAGGCAAGAGAUUUCUGCAGUACAACCGGUUACAACUUUCCCGCAUUUAUCCAAAAGGACAGCGUCUUGACUCCUCCAACUAUGACCCCCUUCCUAUGUGGAUCUGUGGUAGCCAGUUGGUGGCGCUCAACUUUCAGACACCAGACAAGCCAAUGCAGAUGAAUCAGGCUCUGUUCAUGUCUGGAGGCCGAUGUGGCUUCGUGUUGCAACCAAGCAACAUGCGGGAUGACAUCUUUGAUCCUUUUGACAAGAACACUCUGCGGGGAAUGGAGCCGCUUUCUGUUUCCAUUGAGGUCCUUGGGGCUCGGCAUUUGCCCAAAAAUGGAAGAGGAAUUGUUUGUCCAUUUGUAGAGGUUGAGGUUGCUGGAACAGAGUAUGAUAAUGCAAAGCAGAAGACUGAGAUGGUGGUGGAUAAUGGCCUGAACCCUGCCUGGCCCCAGAAGUCGUUUCAGUUCCAUAUUCACAACCCAGAAUUUGCCUUUCUGCGCUUCGUGGUAUAUGAAGAAGAUAUGUUCAGUGACCAGAAUUUCUUAGCUCAGGCUACAUUCCUGGUGAAAGGCCUAAAGACAGGAUACCGUUCUGUGCCUUUGAAGAACAAUUACAGUGAGGACCUGGAACUGGCUUCUUUGCUGGUUAAAAUUGAUAUCAUCCCUGGAAAACUGGAGAAUGGUGAAGUUAGCCCCUUUGGGGCUUCAGCUUUCCGAGAGAGGUCCAUGGAUUCUCCAAGUCAGCUCAUGGCCGGACGAGGCAGAGAAGGCUCCUUUGAGACCCGAUAUCAGCAGCCAUUUGAAGACUUUCGAUUAUCACAGGAGCAGUUAGCAGACCACUUUGACAAUCGAGACAGAAGGGCACUUCGAAAGACCCGGGUGAAUGGAGAUAACCGCCUCUAGCCCGCCCGUUGCCUGCUGUAAAGCACCCUCCAGUGCUUGUGAUUCUCACGGAUUGCUGUGAACUGGUUUCUAUGGAAACGUCACUGCUUUGGCCUACUUUCAGGCAGCUUUUCCAGUUUUUCUUCUGAAGGCUGUUGGAGCGGAGAAAUUUUUAAAAGAACCAAACUCCCAAACAGUGGUUUUAUUGUCUGGAUCAUGACCUGCGAGAGAAAUUUUAGAAAAAGACACAAGAAAAAAAAAAGACUCUCCACACUAAACCAGAAACAAAGAGUGCUGAAUGUGUGUUAUGUCUUGUCAAUAUCUGAGGUCAAACACAAAUGCCUGUCAUUAACUCCUUUCUUCCCCACGACUGUAGUUACUGAGAGGAUAUAAUACCUCAGAGCUGCCUCGCGAAGCAGCUUUCCUUCACUCAGCUAAGAGGACCUGAUUUUUUUAAUUGUUAUAUUUGUUAUUGUUGUUAUUAUUAAACCCCUUCAUCACAACUUUGGCACAGAAAGUGAGGAGAUUGUUCUUUUGGUAUUAGAGCACAAGCUUGGUGAAACUUGCCAGGCCCGGUCUCAGUGGCCAUCUUCAAGCUAUGCAAGGCUUUCAAGUCCGUCUUCAUAAAACAAAACAAAAUUGUCAGUAUUAAGUCAAGUUGUGGAAUCCCUUGCUCUUGUAUUCUUGGAUGGAGCUUGCCUUGUUCAAAAGUACCGUCAAGCCACCUCCUUCCUUUUAGCAAAACCUUUCUUGGCCAAACUAUAUGAAUCCUUUCCUCCCACUGUACAGAAGUGAUGACUGAGAUAUUAAAUGGACGGCGCGGGGAGAGGACUACCUGAGCCAAAGCCAGCUCUGCCUGAGGUAGAGCUCUUGCCACUGAAAUCAGUUUUUGUCGUUAUUAUUGUACCCUUUGUGUUGAAUUUCAUCAUGGUAAUAAUUCUAGGGGUAUGUGCAGGACAGAAACAGCUUUGGGGGUCAGUAUUUUUUUAAGAGAGAACCUUUUCCCAGCACAGGCUAUCAUUUCCAAGCUGUAAAAACUAAGAAGGCCCUGAGAUUUCACUCAUGUACUUCUUGUUUUGUGGAAGGAGACUUCUACUUGUGGUCAAACAGUAUCACUUCUCUAAAGAAGCUUCUUGCCCAUGUUUGUGGGGUCAGGACACUGGUAGAAAGGUGUCAACCUACAGUCAUGUCAUGUCUUGAUACCACAGCAAGAGUGGAAGUUGUGUGUCUGCUGCUGUCCUUUGCCUGCCAGAGAAGUGACGCCAUUCCAUCAACUGGACUAUUGAAGACUUCUAUUUCAGUUACCAGGCAGAAGGAGAAGUAAAUAUGCUCCAGCCGCCAAAGGCAAGCUUCAAUGUAUGUGACAGUAUUUACUAUAUAUUGUUUGACUCUUAAGAGGAGCCUAGUCUUGGCCUGACUCCAGCAGCUGUAUGGAUUGUGUUCAGUUGGCUGGGAUGCAACAUACUGCACAAUAAAGUCCUCAUUUUUAGGA